GGGGCUUCUCCUGGCCUGGCCCAGGCAGGGGGGCUUUCCUCCUACUCCCCGCGCGCCCGACCUCCUCAGACCUUCGUGCACCGAAGGGCGUGGGCCGCGCAGGACGCCCCGCUGUCGGAGAACUCCGUAUCAGCGUGGGGGAGCUCGUUAGGGUGCAGAUGGCAGCUCCCUGCCUCCCCGCUGGGCCAGGAGCCGCCCUGGUUCCGCCCUCGGAACCAGCACCGAACCAGCACCUCGUGCGCUGCGGGCGGGCCUGGGACUCCAGCCCUGGCUGUCCUGUUCAGAACUGCCUGCCUUCCAGGGCCUGCUGCGGGUCACUGCCUCCGAAGAGCCCUCCUUGACUCUGCCCACCCACCCCAGGGCAUCACUAGCCCUGGGCCAGUGUGGGUUUCGUCCCUUUCUGCCUCAGACAGCCCUGCGUGAUGGUGUUGCACUCCCAUUUUUCAGAGGCGGACGUUGAGGCUGGGGCUUAGGCCGGGUGUCCCGGGGUUCACACUGAGCUUCUGCCCUGCUUUCCUAAUCCAGUGGGGAGACGGGGCCUUGAGCCUGAGUUUAUUGGGUGUUGCCUGAGGGGCGACUCCACUGCCUGAAUCAGUGCCAUUUCCUGAUUCCCUUCUAGCGCCAGAGCCUUCGGGACUUCCAGGGCACCCCUUCUGUGGUGGGGCGACACGGGCUGGGGGGGUGGGUAGUCCUAAGCUGCCGGACACUUGUAUUAGGGUCCUGUGUCCCUGGCCCACCUGUGGGGGCUCCCAUAUGCAGUUGAGGCUCCCUCCUCCUGGUCUGGGACUUAGUGCCUGAGGCAGAGGCACUGGGACCCUGCAUCGUCGGUUCUGAGCCGGCUGUGGCUGACCCCAGACGGGCCAGGGAUGGCACUGAGCUGGGCGAGCAUAGCAAAUGGUGUGUGGGGGGUGUGGAGGCGGCUGGGUGCCUGGAGCUGGGCCCUGAUCUCAAGCUUCAGGGAUGAGAGAGGAGCCGGGUGCCCCAGAGGCCUCCAGCCCGCUGCACGUCCCGGCCGGCUGAAACAACCCUGGUGCGCGGACCCUGUUGGCCGCUGGACUGGCACUGCCCUCUGGACGUUGGGCUUGGGAGCUCAGGCGGGGACGUCGCCUCCAGAAGCUGUUUACUCCUUCUCUGUGGAAUGGGUUCCGGAGGCAGUCCGAGAGCUGGUCGGAUCCCAACUCUGCCUUCUCUGCCUGGCGGCUCCAGGAAGUCCUUCUAGCUCACAGAGCCUCAUCUUGUCUUGUAGAAAGGGGACAGUCCCCGAGCUCCCUUCUGGGUCACUGGGAGGACACGUGGUGGCUACAGUACCAGCAGCUGUCAUCCAAGGCAUAGGGCCUUGUUUGGAGUCUGCUGACUGGGCAACUGCCCGGUGCCCUCACCCCCCCCCCCCCCCCCCGCUUUUUUUAGUGGCUUCACUGAGGGGCAGUUCAUCCCUUUAAAAUGGACAGGUCUGUGGUUUUUAGGACAUUUGUGGGGUUGUGGAACCGUCAUCACAGUCUUGUUCCUGAACACUCUACCCACCCCCAAAAAAGUCCCGUCCCCAUUUGUAGUCAUUUCUUAUCCUCCCACCCCCGGCCCGCAUGAGCCCCCUUCCUGUCCGUGGAGGAGCCUGGUCUGGACGUGUCACACGCGUGGACUCAGCCCGUGUGGCCUUCUGUGUCUGGUUUCCUCCCUGAGUGUUGUGGGCUCGGGGUCUGUCCCCGGGGUGCAUGGGGACACCUCACACCUGCCGGCGGCUGGGGGAUUCUCCCAUGCGUGGGGGACCCACUGUGUGUGUCCAUUUAUCCAUCGAAGGACACUUGGGCCAUGUCCACAUUCCAGGUGCCCCUGGAACAGGUGAAGGCUCUGUUGAGAGCACACAUGUGCUCUUCUUGGUGAACGUUGUGUUCUCGGAGCUCCAGUCAGAGCCGUGCCGAGGAUGGAGGCAGCCCCGGGCCUCGGGGAGCAGCGCGUGGACGGCAACACCGGGAGCCCGGAGCCGGACCCUGAGCCCGUGCCGUGGCAAGCCCUCCCGGUCCUGUCCGAGCAGCAGUCCAGGGACGUGGAGCUGGUACUGGCCUACGCCGCGCCCAUCCUGGACAAGCGCCAGACGUCGCGGCUUCUCAAGGAGGUGUCGGCCGUGUACCCACUGCCCGCGCAGCCUCACCUGAAGAGGGUGCGGCCCAGCCGCGGUGCUGGCCCGCAUGCGCUCGAGAUGCUGCUGUGCCUGGCGGGGCCGGCUGCAGGGGCCAGGUCGCUCGCCGAGCUCCUCCCGCAGCCGGCCGUGGACCCUCAUGGCCUGGGACAGCCCUUCCUGGUGCCCGUGCCGGCCCGGCCACCCCUGACCAGAGGCCAGUUCGAGGAGGCGCGUGCCUACUGGCCCACGUCCUUCCACGAGGAUAGGCGGGUGACUCGCGCCUUGGCCGGGCGGCUGUUCUCGGUGCAAGAACGCACGGCGAUGCAGGCCCACAUGGAGCGGGCCGUGUGGGCAGCGCGCCAGGCAGCCGCCAGGGGCCUCAGGGCGGUGGGAGCCGUGGUAGUGGACCCGUCCUCUGGCCGCGUGCUGGCCACGGGCCACGACUGCAGCAGCAGAGCCCGCCCCCUGCUGCACGCCACCAUGGUGUGUAUUGACCUGGUGGCCCAGGGCCAGGGCCGCGGCGCCCCCGCACACUCAGAGGCCCACACUUGCGUUCCUCCCACCUCUGGGAGCAGCCGUCCUUGCAAGCGGCGUCUGGAAGCUGCCCAGCCUCUGCUGCCCGGCAGGAGGACGCUCUCUCCCGCGGAGGUCUCCGCGCCCACUGCAGGCCUCCCCGAGGAGGAGGGGCAGCGGGCCAGCCGCCUGCCUUCUGGAGCUGAUGGUGCGGAGCGGGACUCGGCCGGGGCGUCCCCUCGGUCCUUCUUGUCCCCUUGUUCCUGUCCCUGUGGGCGACGCCUGGCCGGGUCCUCCGUGCUCUUGUCCUCUGUGUCCCUGUCCACCUGCAGCCAGAGAGCUCUUGUGGACAAUCCUGCGGAGUCAGCCAGAGGCUGAUGAACUGCCUGGGCGCCGUGGUCUGAGCCCCCGUCCGUCUGUCCGUCUGCCCCUCAGGCUCUGUGCAGGGCCGUUGGCCGGCCUGCCUGCAGUGGCUCUCUUCUUGGGAACGUGGAGCAGACGUCUGUCGAGAUCCCGGAACCCGGGGCGGAACCCCUCUGGGGGAGGAUGGGGGCCACUGCCUGGACCGGCUGCCUGGGGCCUGUGGCCACGCUGCUGCAGGAGCAGGAGACGGAAUUUCUCGGGAGCUUGGCCUUUUAGAAGGAAAGAAGUUGUGCGAAACCUGUGCCUUAGUGAGGAAUCUCAAUGAAACGUCACUUUUCUCCCCUCUGACCCUGUAGCUCCUGAGACAAAGGACCAGAGCACCCCGCGGGCAUCUGGGCAGCGCCCUUGCGUGUGGACAGGCCAGACAGGCCCUCGUAGCCCCCCGGCCUUUUCUGGCCAUGCUCCCCAGGCACCCCGAGUGCUGCCCCUUGGCCCCUGGCUGGCCGCCCUGGGGUAGGACCGGGGCCCUCUGCAUCCACACUGCGGCGCCGGACGCCGGCCCCCCAGCAGCCCCGGCCAGCCAGGCUCGUUCUGUGCUCUCCACGCCCAUGCCUGCUUUGCUUCAGCUCCUUGUGCAAAGCACCACGUGGUGUCCAAAGGCAGCCGUGGUCCCUGCAAAUGCGCCCGGGCCUGGGUCCCCUUGGGUCUCAAGCCAUGGGUAUCCCCCAAACAUCCCCAAGCCAGUCUCUGCGACAGGCACACACUGCACUCACCGUGGGGCCGGAUAGCCUGCGGAGCAGGUGUGGCCCACGGUAGGAGCCCCGCACGCAGGCACCUUUGUUACUCCGUAUCGGGUAUCCUGGAAAUAAAUCCCGUAGUCCUUCCUGCAUCACGGAGCCUCUGCGGGGCUGUUAGGGGUACACGGCCCGCUGCCCUAGCCACCCCAUGCCGCCCCUGCCUGUGGACCCUGCCCCUCACAGCGCCACCCCAGCUGUCCGCGAGCCACCACGGUGCGUUUCCUUUGUGCUUUUCGUUUCAAUCAACUUGCUGUUUUUAUGCCCCGCUCUUUUAACUUGAAAAGUGAAUUGUGCAGAAAAUGAGAAACCAGCCUCACUCACUUUGAAGGGAAGGUAAUGGUAGACGUGGCAGGAAGAGGAACGGGAGAGCCUCCCAGGGCUCCUGGCGUGGACACCCCGCAUGGACACGGGAGGGAGGGCGGGAGUCCUUCUCCAUGGGACACUUUGCUAGCACAGGAAGGAGACCAGAUCCACAGAGAACCCCACCGAGCCCCAAGCAGAUGGCCUGGGCUGUCUUGUUCCCCCCUCUCCACGGAUUUACGUGUUGAUGUCCUAGUGCCUAGCAGCUCAAAACGGGAAAUUAUCUGGAAAUGGGGUGGUCACAGGGGUACUUAGUUAAGGUGAGGUCACCCCGAAGUCAGGUGGGCCCUAAAACAAUGUAGGAGAGAAACCCUGUGAAGACGGGGCUGAGAUGGGGGUGAUGCUUCUACGGGCCAAGGCAUGCCAAGGUGACCUGUGACCCCCUUACCCCCUACCCCACCCCGUGAAGCUUGGGUGCCUGGGACAGGUUCUCCCCCGGCGGGAACCACCCCUUCGAUUCUCCUGGGGCCAUGCCCUCCCGAGCUGUGAGGCUGCCCGGGGAAGGUGCCCAGCAGAUGCUAGAGCAAUGAAACGGGGAGCCGGGACUUGCUAUGCCGUGGGGACGCACCUGUCGACGUGUGGGACCUGGAGUGCAUGGGUGGACAGAGAGCAGGUUGCCCUGGGCUGGGUGGGGAGACCGGACUGACAGCAGCAGGAAGAGGGGGCAAUGUGUGCGCCCUCGGCUCCCGGGGGACCUGGAAGGACGCAGCUUGGGGCUGGAGUUGAGAGACUGGGACCCGUUGUGUGGGUGACCAUGUCACAGAACCACAGAAAGGGCUUAAACUGCGGGUGUCUCCCCUCACCUUCCAGAGGGCAGAGCCCGGGAUCCGCAGUGGGAUGAUGCUGGUGUCACGAGGACCACGGACACCGGGGCUCAGUGCUCCCGUGUCCGGGGGGCCUGGCUUGCAAGAGGACGGUGUCCAUGGGGCGGUCAAGCUCCAAGGAAGGGCCCUCCCUGCCUGUCCUAGCCGAAUCCUAACACUAGGUUAGUGUUCAAGAAAAAAUUUGAAAACGUUUCUUAAUGUCAUCUAAAAAUGUUCAUUAUACUUCAACAUUAAAAAAUAACAUUUUUUUAGAGAAA